AUGAAGAAUAAUCAGCCUUUGCAACUAAGAAGUAAACCAAACCAUCCAUGCCACCAAUUCCCAAAUACACCAAACCCCUGCCCCUAUACACACACACACACACACAUCUCCCACAAACCCCUGCUCUUGCUCCACAUUCCGACACCCAACACGCUGCCCCGCCACAGGAGCCCCUUCCUACGGGCAUCCACGGUCACCUUCGCGGACCAUCCGCGCCGCAGCCCGAACUUCUCAGCCCACACUCCCUCACCACCGCAGACCGAAGGGCUCCCCGUCUGGCUGGUCUCCCUACUCCACAUCCUCCCACACUCGCACCCUCCCCACUUCCUCGCCCUCGCUUCCCUCCCGGCUCCCGAGGAGAUUGCCCCAACCUCCUAUCGCUCUACUCCACACUCCCGAACACCUUCACCCCGCCACAGCGGGCUCCCCGCCUCCAGCCCCGAGGCCCAGCCCAGGCAUGUGGGGACAGGCACCCCCCCACACACGCCCCUCAAGCCUGCCCGGGCCGGGGGCACCCGCGUUGACCGGAGCCUCCGGAGGAGGAGUCCAGGCCAGUGCCCCCAAGCCCGCUUCCUCCGACCGUUGGAGCGGCGGGGAAGGAGGUUCCCCGGAACUCACCUCGAGCCUGUUGUCAACAUUAGCCCCGGGUUUCCCAGCACCAACUCCAGCACUCGGGUUCUCCCCUCCCCUCCCCCCACCUAUCUCGCAGCCGAGGACCCGCCUUCCUCAGCAACCCCUCCUCCCUCCGCCCGCGGGCCCUCCCGCCCACCACUCACAAGCGCGGCCGAACUGCGGGUGGGGGCGGGGCGGAGGGCGGUGUAA